AAUUAUUAGUGAAGGUGUGGCUGGUUGCUGCAGCUAACAAGAUGGCGGCCGGCAGGUCUUUCAUUUCCAAUGGCUCAGAAUACGUUCCUCUUGAUCUAAAGAAAGGAGAACUCUCCUUUGCAUUGGCCCCGUUCAAUCCUCACCCUAACGUGCACACUGAGGGACUCUCACCUCAGGAAGUGAAGGAAAUAGUUAAAGGAAGUACCAGACUGAAGGCCAUGAUAAAAGAGAUAUCAGUUAGUAAUGGUGUAUCAGAAGAGUCUGUGGUUAAACUGGUCGAUGAAAUUGUUGAUGAAAUUGGACACAAGAUGGCAUUGCCAGCAGUUCGAACUGUAGCCAUGAUAAUAAGAGGAACACUUCGUAGAGUAAUCUCCGGAAUAUAUAUUGAGAAACAAGGGCUGGAGGAGUUAGGUGCAGCUGUCAAGAGGUAUCCAGUGGUGAUCCUUCCCUCCCACAGGAGCUAUCUUGACUUCAUUCUGGUCUCAUACUUUCUACUUGAGAAUAACAUACAACUACCUGCCAUCGCUGCUGGUCAAGAUUUUAUGAAUAUGAAAGUGAUUAGUUCUUUGCUCCGGAGAUCAGGUGCUUUCUUCAUGAGGCGUACAUUUGGGAGUGACAGACUAUACAAGCUGAUAUUCACAGUUUACAUGCAAACUGUACUGACCAAUAGACAGAACCCAAUAGAGUUCUUUAUUGAAGGAACCAGGAGCAGAACCGCCAAGACAUUACACCCUAAACUAGGGUUAUUGUCCAUGAUAGUUGAACCUUAUCUUCACGGUCUGGUUGAUGAUGUACUACUGGCUCCUCUGAGCAUCAGUUAUGAGAGAACACUAGAAGAGUCUCUCUUCGCCAGAGAACUACUUGGAAUACCUAAACCAAAGGAAUCAACUAGCGGAUUGUUUAAAGCCAAGUCUUUAUUAUUCACCAGUUAUGGCUCCAUUUUUGUUGAUUUCUCAAAACAAAUUUCAUUACACGAAUUUUGCAUCAAAAAUGGAAUCAGUCGAAUACCACAUGGUAUACAACCAAGAAAUGAUUUUUCAUUUUUACCUGGUGAGAGGGAAAUGGUAUUGGAGCUUGGCUAUCAAAUUUUACACAAAAUUAACAAAAAAAUGAAAAUAUUUCCGUCGUCAAUUUUAUCAAGUUUAUUACUUCAUUUCAAUAAUGGAGGUGUUGAGAGAGAUAAAUUAAUUAACUGGAUGGAUGUAUUAAAAGCAGAGAUUGAAAAGAGAGGCGGAAUUGUUCACUGGAAUAAUGACAAUUCUGCAGCUGUGUUUGAUCACUGUGUCAAUCUCUUGCUCUCCAGCGGUUGCAUUAGAAUAAAAGAUGGACGAAUUGAAAUAGCAAAAGUUGAAGAAGAGACGAGAUUAAGACACAAGGAAGGUUGUACUGUAUUUGAUAUAAUGUCAGCCCAGAUGACAUCUUCAGCCCUUGCUAACACACUGAACAAUGGCUACACUGAACUGAUACUGGGACACUAUAGGAAUCAACUGAUUCACUGGUUCAUAUCAGAAUCAAUAAUGUUAACUUGUAUCAAUGGAAUCAGUGAUAUUGAAUUAGACGUUUUAAAAAAGAGGUUCAUUUUAUUGUCGCAGUCUCUUUGUAAGGAGUUCAUACUCCCGCCUGGUCCUAUGGAAAAGGUAUUUGACGAUACCCUCCAUUGUCUAAUAGACAGAGGAUUAAUUGAAAUCAGUGGCUCAUUAAUAUUCAUAGUUUCUAAUGAGAAACAAGAGGUCCUUUCUUCAUUACUAUCAGGUCUAAUCAGACCUUUUGUUGCUGGAGUGUGGGUGAUGUGUCUAUAUUUAGAAUCAUUAAUGGGCGGAGUCCAAUCACUUAAAUUAACUUUAAGAAAUACACAGCAACUAGCGGCUAAACUAAUUCACAAUGGGUUCAUUGAUUCUCAUGAAAUCCUGUCUCUUGAUAUUUAUAAGAACACUAUUGCCUCAUUCAACGUAACUGGAAUACUGUUUGAACCAGAACUUGAGUUGGAAGGUAGAGACAGGCUAGUUAAAGUUUUGAAUGCUCCAAAGCUAAAGGAAUUGACGUUUGAAAUAGGUGCUGUAUUGUUUAACGGCUCCCCUCCAGUUUCUAUUAAUAACUUUUCUAAAUUAUAAUUCAAUUCUUUUAUUUGUUUUUGUGUUUUUGAAUUUAUACCAAAUUCCCGCCCAUGCCUCUAAUUAAUAGGGCGUGGCUUAUUGAUAAA